GUUUAUAUUUUGAGUUCGCUUUGAGGUUAUGAUAUGCUCUAGUCUAGGCUGUAUUUUCACUUUUCAGGCAAAUGCAAGAAAGACAAAUAAAAAACUAUGGAUUUUAUAGCAACUCUCUACUCAAAUUAUGAAAAAUUAAGGAAUAAGGAGAUAGUGAACAUCCUAUGGAAAGAAAUUCUCAAAGAAGAACGUUCAGAAGAGUACGUAGAUCAGCUGAUUGAAUACAGCUUUCACUAUCCUGUUGAUUGUGAUGCUUAUUUGGAAGAGUUGAAUACAAAAUUUGAUGAACUAAACAAAGAAGAACUACGCACUAUAGAUGGACAUCUUCGUGCUUAUAUGAUAACAUUUCUAUACUUUUGUACCAAUAGAUACAACAAAAGGGUGCCUGCCCAAACAACCAUGCUGGCAUCUGGACUGUACAUUAAACUUAUAUCUUUACCUGAUAUCGGCAAAAUAUUUUAUGAGAAAAACAUGUUCAAAAUACAACUUUUUGUCUGUGUCACUGCUGCCAAGGAACAGUCUACUCAAGAUUCUUCAAAGAUAUAUUUGAUAAAGCUGAUAAAAGAGUACUGUUUGAAGGAAACACUUGAUAGUUUUUUGUUGAGUGGAGUUGCUAACACAAUUACUGGUGUGAUGAUGAUUUCUUGUAGAGGUGUCAUAUUCAAUGACAUGUCAAAUGUUCCACAUCUACAAACAUAUUGUAUAAACACCAUGAAAGAAAUAAUCAUGCAUGAAGAAGAUGGAGUACGGCUAACAGCUAUAAUUGAGAGUUUGUUCAGAUGUUUGAGAAACAAUGUGAUGGAAGUAGUUCCUAACAAAGCAGCAGCAUUUAGUGUUGUGAGGGUAUUUAUUAGAGAUGUUCUACAAACUGACUUGGAUGAAGACAAAUUCCAGUACCUGUUGGAUGCUUUCUGCCAAAUAUGGUGUAGAGAUGAUUUUGAUGCAUAUGAUGAAGCUGUUGUCAUCAUGAACAUGUUCAAAGUUCAGUACUAUAAAGAACUAGUGAGAAGAAUAGUACUUUAUUCUCAGUCCAGAAAUCACAAAAAGUAUUUAAUAAAUAUAAUGAAUCUACUACUUGCAAUGGUGCAAAAUCUGCCACAAUUGCCUUUAGAAAAAGUGGAAGUUCUAUUUUCAUGUGCUGUUCGUAAUGUUGUACUACAUUUCAUGGAUCCAGAUAAAAAUAUUGCCAAUAGAGCUAUUGAAGUGAUCACUAGUAUGUGUUCUAUCAAAAAUAACCCAAUGCUCACAAUAAUAUUCAAUGAAAUUCAGGCUACUGGUAAAUUCAUCAAUAUAAGCAUGGAAGCUUUAUUAUUAUCAUUUGGUGAGAUAGUUGAUGAAAAAUGGGGUGCUUCUCCAAGAAAUCAAAAUUUGCUAGUGGUAAUGGCUAAUUUUCUUGCUCAUAGCCAAAAUGUCAAUAAGGAAUUGGUUCAAACAACUCUAUUUGCCAUAUGUAAAGACUGCACCCCACAUUCUCUGAAACCUUCUUUGCCAAUUUUACAUGAAUUAUUUUGCAUCAUGGCAAUGAAAGAUGAAGUUGAAGUAGCAACAGCUAUUUUGAGAAUAAUGUUUAGAAGUGCCAUGCAUCAAGAUGCUACUUCUAAACACUUUGCAGAGCAUAUCUUCAAUUCUAUGCUGUCUCCAUCUGUCAUAUGCAAUACUACAUAUCCCCAAAAAUACUACUCCAACAUCUUUUUGACUUCUGAAUUUGAUUAUGAAACUCUAUUUACUAAAUGUAAUAGAGAUAUAAGUGAUAUCCAGAUCCGUAAUUUGAUUCAGGAUCUAGAUUAUAAUGAACCUGGAGGGGCUGUGCUACUUUGCUGCCUUUUAGAUUAUAAUAAAUAUGAAGAGAUACCUGUGUUGCUGUCAUAUUUAGUAGAUAACUUUGAUGAGAUUUCUAGCCGCCAAACUAUGGGACCUCUGUGUAUGGCAUUCGAAAAAAUUCUAACCAAUACAACACUUCAUGAACAGGUAGUCCCACAACUUGACGUAUUGCAGAGUCUUAUAAUGGACGGCAUGUUCACACAAACAUUUCAAGUACCUUCUAUAAAACCAGCUUUCGAUCUCCUACAAAAGAUACGAACGAUGUUGAGAAUUGAUAUGGAAAACCAACUGUUUGAUCAACUUCUAGUUGUUACCUCAGAAAGAGCAUUUAGAAGACUACAUCGCAGGGAAAAUGGUGAUAAUAGUGUUUUCAUGUAUUUGAAUGAGCUUUGUUUGUUGUUACGCAAACCUCCAACUAAGCCUAUUGUUAAAUUACUAGAAGGUUACAUGGACAAUCCAGACAGAAUACAAGAAUUGACUCUAUUCAUGCCCGAUAUAUACGUACAACUUCUCACCCUAUUUACAACACUUGCUAUGAUGAAUAAACGAAAAGUACCACAGGCCCUGAACUAUUUGCGGGCUGUAUUCAAUGAUGAAAUGCAGAUUAUGAAAAUUUUGGCUUUCAAAUUGUUUUAUUCACUGUGUCAAGAGUUGACCCACGAAUUCGAUGAAGUAAUUCGGUUUGCGUUUAAGGAAAUAGUGGUAGCUGACCCUUGCCUAGUUAGAAUAUGCAUCAUUACACUGGAAGAAUUGAUUCAUGAUGAUUACAUUAAACUUUGUUCAGAGAAUUUUUUCAGGUUCAUCUAUGCAAUAGGUUGUGAUGACUUGGGAAUAUUUAUGAAAGAAGUAUUGAUGAAAAGAUUUGUGUUCUCCAACCUGAAUGAUAUUGCCAAGUAUUACAUACAGAGUAUAGUUUACAUCCAUAUGUACUCUAAGCUCUCAAAUUACCCAAUUUCACCACAAUUUGAUAGUGAAUUAGUGAAAAUGAAAAUGAAAUUGAAUAAUCCGAAGGAUAUACCAUCGUUUUUAUUCAAUAUAUUGCCAAUAAGAAAGAAAUUUUAUAUUUUAUCCGAAAUUUCAUCUAUUUUCGAUGAUAUGAUGAAUGGGCAAUGUAAAGUUGAAGACAACUUUUUCAGUAUGUUGAAAGACCUCAUCCUUUCGUUCAAAUGCAUAGCAACAGGAAAUUUUGAAUCAACUACUGACAGACAUUAUUACACCAACAUAUGCAAACAAAUUGAAAACCAAAUAUUGGCUCAUGAUCCAGCAAACUCGAAGGAGAGUUUAUAUAGUGAAUAUGAUAUGGAAAUCAGACGUUGUACCUUAACCCUUCUGAAACUAUUCUUUUUUGAAAACGCUCAGUUCGCUGAUAAUAUUCAAAUUACUCUUUUUGAUGUUUUUAUGCACUGGAUUGAAUUUGUUAUGCCAGAGAUUGUCAAUUACAUUCAUGUAGAACGUGGAAAAGACUUUGGUUCGUAUUUUUCACAGUUGGUGAAAUACUACAAAAGGCAUAAAACAAAAUUUGUCAGUCCAGAGAGUUCGAACUUUCUGUCCGAGUUUUCUUAAUCUUUGAGAAUUUUUUUUGUUCAGUUUCAUCAUAUGUCUCGUAUAAAUGGCGUUUGUGCUGGCAUAGUUGAUGCUAAUAAGCAGGAGAAUCUGAUCUGCUGGAAUAUUCCAAUCAUACUUUGUAAACCUUGUUCUUAAGUUGAAACGACUUUUCGUUUAGAUUUGUACUACCACUUGAGUUAAAAUUUCAGCUAGCUGAUAAUUUUGUUUUUUGUAUACAAUGACCAAUUUUUUAUAUAAUCAGUAGCUGUUUAAAGCAAUUUAUACAAAUAUAAUUACACUGAUGAGUGUAUGAAAUAAAACUUCUCAGUAACC